CACGGAGCUUACGGCGGAACGUAGUGAUCUUUUCUCGUGCAGCCCGGACACCUUUCACGGUUACACACAGAUGGAGCUCUUCAGCGCGGCUUCUAUUCAAUAAACAGUGUUUCUAUCGGGAAAUCAGUCAGGAGCCAUGCAGCGUCCCGGUCCGGUUCUGGAGCAUCUGGAGCGGUUCCGGGUCCCUGAAGCUCCACAAACGGUGUUUUACGUCCCGGACUUCGUAUCGCCGGAGGAGGAGUCCUUCCUCCUGGAGCGGGUCUACCGCUCCCCCAGAACCAAAUGGACCCAGCUGUCGGGUCGGCGGCUCCAGAACUGGGGCGGGCUGCCGCAUCCCAGAGGCAUGAUGGUGGAGGAGGUUCCGGACUGGCUGCAGAACCUCUGCGAGAAGAUCUCCUCUCUGGGCGCCUUCGGGGGGAACCGGGCCAACCACGUUCUGGUGAACGAGUACGGACCGGGCCAGGGCAUCAUGCCCCACCAGGACGGCCCGCUGUACCACCCCACCGUCAGCACCGUCAGCCUGGGCUCACACACCCUGCUGGACUUCUACCGGCCCGUCAGCGGCCUGGAAGGGGCGGAGCCACAGACCCAGCAGAACCGCUACCUGUUCUCCCUGCUGCUGAGGCCGCGCAGCCUGCUGGUCCUGCAGGACGACAUGUACCAGAACCUGCAGCACGGCAUCCAGGAGCGGGACCGGGACACGUUGACCCGGCAGGUCCUGAACCUGUCUGCCGCCGAGGCCCGGUCCGGGGAAACGCUGCUCAGGGGAACCCGGGUGUCCCUCACCAUCAGACACGUCCCCAAGGUGGUCAGAACCAGGCUGGUUCUGGGGAGGAGAUGAGAGGCUGGAUGUGACCGGGUCGGCGCCGCAGGUUCUGAAAAACUGGAACCAGAACCAUCAGCCCUGCUCCUAUAAAAUCAUCAGAGCCGCAACGUUCCAGAUCGAUUCAGCAGCUUUAAAGACUGAUUAAAGGCUUUUAUUUUGGAGGGACUUGUUCUUGUUUCCAUAGUAACCAAAUCAAACUAAAAGUUCUUCCUGAAAUCUACAGAAUAAACCCAGAAUGAGACGAACCAGAACCUGCUGGUUCUGAUCAAAUCAAAUACCAGUGAUGGUGAGAUGGACUAACUGCUGCCACCUGGUGGACAGUAGCUGUAAAAGAUGUAAAGAUGAAACUUUAAAUUAAAUGUUUUCUGAUGCAAAAAA